CUCCCCUUCCAUACUCAUCCCCCGCUCAUGGCUGCGACACACCAGCUGCCCUCGAAACUGCGGCUGGUUCUUUCGAGCCUGCGCGACUGAUUUCGACCCUCUGCAGAUUCCGGCGGAGGCAUGGCGACGACAAGAAGCGAGCGAGCACCUUUAGCGGGACGAAGGGCCGGUUCGUGGCGGCAGGAGAAGAGAGCCUCAUACUCGACAUUUGGAGAUCCUCCCACACCUUCCAAACCACCCCGACCCCAUCCGAAAUCAUGGCCUGCGUUCAUCACGCCCCUCUGCAUACUCCUCCUCGUCGCCGCCGCCCACCUCUACAUCUGGCAAACGCACCUUCGACCUCGGUGGAUGGAAGAGUCGGAGAUUCGAGAAGGCUUCCUCAUAACCAACCCUCCGGCCGACUUUGAGAUUGCAAAGAAGACUCACCGUUUUCAUGGCCAGCGAUUGCUGGAUCUGCCGGCGCAUUUGCUGCCGGGAGGUGCGGGAGACAAGGACGGCAAGCGGCGACUGGUGUUCAUCGGUGACAUGCAUGGAUGCGCACGCGAGCUGAAGGCGCUGUUGAAGAAGCUGGACUUUGACGAGCACACCGACCAUCUGAUUGCCGUGGGAGACGUCAUCUCGAAAGGACCGGCCAACGCGGAGGUGUUGGACGAAUUACUCCGCCUCAACGCAACGAGCGUCAGAGGCAACCACGAAGACCGCAUUCUCUCCCUCGCCCCGUCGGUCUUGGCUGUGGACGGCCCACUCGACACGACCGGCAAAAAGGACAAGAAGCUCCUUCGUCAGCUCUCACCGCGACAUCUCCAGUACUUGGAAGACAUGCCGCUGAUGCUCCGCAUCCCUGCCCUUCCCCUCGCCUCCAAACCCUCCGAAAAACGCAGCUCGCCCAUUGCCGAGGAGAUCCUUGUCGUGCAUGGUGGCCUCGUCCCCGCGGUGUCGCUCGAGAAGCAAGAUCCUUACUUUGUCAUGAACAUGCGCGCCAUCCACACCAAGACGCACCGCCCGCUGGUGGAGGAGGCAGAGACCAAGAGCAAGAGCAAGCCGUGGCAUAACAUUUGGUGCUGGUACAACGAGCGGCUCUUCAAGCACAAAUCGCUGAAAGAUUUUCGCGUUGGGGAGGAGGAGGACCCGUCGGCGUUGAGCAAGAAGAAAUACCCCAAGCCUCAGGUCGUCAUCUACGGGCACCAUUCUCGCGAAGGCCUUCAGCUGCAACGAUGGACUAAGGGCUUGGACACUGGCUGCGUGAGAGGCGGGAAGCUUACGGCGUUGGUGCUGAAUGCAAAAGGGAAGCAGGAGAUUGUUCAGGUUGCUUGCAAGGAUAAUCGGAUGUGAUGGCGCUUUCGGAAGAGGUACGAUUGCAUGACUUUAGAUGAUACCCUGUGUAAUGACACUU